AUGGUUUUUCUGAAGCUGAAGCCUUAUCGGCAGCAGACUGUCGUGAAGCGCUUCUGUCUCAAAUUGGCUGCGCGAUUAUUUGGUCCUUAUGCGAAAGCUAUUGGAAAAGACCACAUAUUACAGCCGUUGCCUGUGGCUGUGUCUGAUUUGCGGACAGUGGAUUUUGAACCUGAGGAGGUCUUGGCUAAAUGUUAUUCACGGACUGGGGCUGUGGAACUGUUUGUAAGGUGGAAGGGUCAGCCUGAGCAUGAGAGUACUUGGGUCGCUUCAGCGGACUUGUUUCAGCAGUUUCCCAAUGACAAGCUUGAGGACAAGCUUUAUUUUAAUGGAUGGAGUAUUGAUAAGAUACACCAAACUUACUAUCGGAAGAAGAAGAAACAAAUAGAGGGUUCAAAUGAAGAGACAGGGCAAGCCGCGGAUGGAAAGAGAGGGUUUGCCUAG